AAACGCUCCAAACAGCGCCGCCGGCGCCCAGCCUUCUGGCCCCUCCCGCUCACCACAGCCCUGCGCUGUGACCAACCACCAGCGUCAUCUUCCCUCUUCUGAACCUCUUCCCUCGGCCGGAGUAACGGACUCGAAGCCGAUAAUGGCUCUUGUCUAUUUCCUGCGUUUGAGAACCAUUGCUUGCUUGAAAUCAAGAUAUCACGGUCAUGGAUCUGAUACAAUAUGUAGACCAAAGUUAAUGACAAGCACACAAGAGCUGUUAUCGGCAGACCAGGCUACUGACCGGCACCAACUAUCUCCACUGUUCCCGGCCCGGACCUUCCAUGCCUCUGGAAUCCAUCCGCUGAUCUGCUUUUCAAGACCGGCAACGGUCCCAAGAGCCUGUGUCACGGAAUUCGAGUGAGAGUCUUGGACCGGGUAAUGGAUGUCUCGAUUGAUAUUUUGGUGCAGAACUUUCUUGUAAGAGGUCCUUGGCAAAGCAUCCAUUAUCCAGGCAGCCAAGCCCGGCUGUUCAGGGUGUGGUUGCAGAACUGCAUGUGGUUGACAGCGCUGUGAUAUCCAAGUCAAGCAGGAGGUACAUAGUGGACACGGCCCAUACACAUUGGAGGCCGCCGCUCAGGUGGGAGAAAGGAUGGCGACCGCGAGCUUACUGGCCUCUGGAGCAGCUGCUUGUAAAGGAGGUGCUAUCGAGGAGUUGAACUCCGCCAGGCUGAGCCAGACGUCAGAGUGAUAGAUCAAGUUUUUCUGUUAUCAGACAUCUCCUUCCCACAGCUCAACCCGUUGGUCACACUGUUCGCCAUCACCUGGCCCUGACAUGUGGCCUCGAUUUGGUAACAGGAGACUUUAGAUUACGUGAUUGCCCGAGAGAAACGGCCGUACAACAUGAAAGGCAUGCUCAGAAUCUUCGAUCCAUGACAGGUGCCGAGACAAUGCGCAGGCAAGCCGCUGCAUUAUAUAGGUAAGGAAGGCCGGAAACUGUUCGGAAAGGAAACUCUGUAACGCUCGCAAACCACCGUCGAAUAAGAGCUGCAGUUAUAAGCAAUAGGCGGGAGCGAUUCGAGACUGAUAUUGGAUAGCAGGAAGGAAGACGAUCAAGGGAUCAUCAACAAGCAAGCACAACAAAACUCUUUGGGAAAACUUCCAAGGCAUUGAUUGAGUGGUGGGCUGGCCCCCUGUCACUGGAUGGAAGCUGCGGAAGCCCAAGCUGUCCCCUGUCAGUCUUGGCAUUCCUCUCGAUGCCCCCCUCGAUGUCCCUUGUCCAUCUCCACUGGUUUCGGGCUGGAAUGACGAACAACGGGCUGGCGGGACGCUGCUUCUUGGUCCGUAGGCCCCACUUUCAGCGCUCCCUUGAGCAUUUUGCAGGCAUAGCAGCGCCUAUGAAGCGAGCUCCAACACCGAUUAAAAGUGAUCGAAGCUCCUCCAAGUUUCCAUGAUUUCCGUGAUCUUCUUGCUUGCUCAAACCAAGACUCUUUCUCGGCAGCAGAUCUCUGAUCAAACUCAAAACCUGUCAGCCUUUGAUCUUCACCUAGCUACGGACCAAAAGCUCCAGAACCCCCCUGGUCUGCCACCCACACAGUCUUUAACCAUCCGUCUCCAAAAGCUCGUCAGAGAGCCCCUCACCCCGUCACACUCCCUAGUCAGCGUUUUCUGCAACGCCGUUGUCUGUCAACAAAUAGAGACAUCCGAUCUUCGAUCUGGGUGGCUAUCAACAGGCAAAUUUCGAGCAUCAAGUCUCGCGAAGUCUUUGUUCUCCUCUCCCGCCCCCCCAGCAUCUUCCAGGCUCUUUUACGCUGCGCAACUCCUUCGUCCGUCCACCGAGAAGUCUUAUCAGGCUUUACACCACACUAGACGCGCCAUCCCCGUUUGCCGCAGCUCUUCUGGCCGCACCGUUAAGCUUGUUCACAAAGCCACCUUGCGUCACUAUAAUCCGAGCGUCAGCUUAGCUCCUUUAUGGUCAUCCGUCCUAAGCUCGUCCCACAUUUGUUGA